UACCAAGUGUGAAUGCUCUACAAGAUAAUGCUUCUCAAGAUAGUAAUAAUAUUCCAUCUGAGAAACAAUCCACAGAAUCCUCAAGUACAGCUCGUGGGAAAAGUGAUCCUGCGUGGGCUCACAUUUCGUUUAAAAAAGAGGGAAAAAGUUAUGUAUACACUUGCCUUUAUUGUAGAAAGACUUGUAAAGGAGGGGGCAUAAAUAGAAUGAAGCAACCUCUUGCGGGGGUUCCAGGUAAUAUAAUUUUUUGCAAAAAUGUUCCUCAUGAUGUUCGUAACCAAAUGCUUAAGUUAUUGGUUGGAAUCAAAGAAAAAAGUAAGAGUGGUGAGGGUAACCUAUAUGAAGCAUAUGGUGAUCAAAAUAUUGAAGAUGAAGCACAAGAAGUUCAACCUAGCUCAAAUAUGGAUAUGAAGAGUAAGAUGCAACCCACAUUGAAAAGAAAAGCUAAUGUUGAAAUUAGUAAUUAUUUUGCUCCAAGGACUACUCCAGGAUCGCAACCAAGUUUGAAAAGUGUAUUAUCAAGCACGCAAGCAAUUCACAAAGCUAAGAUGGCAAUUGCUCAUUGGUUUUACGAUGCCUGCAUUCCAUUUCAUGCAACACUAUCACCAUACUUUCAACCUGCUUUAGAUGCAAUCAAUGCUAUUGGUCCCAGUUUUAAAGGCCCAUCUUAUCAUGAAUUAAGGGUUAACUUGUUGGGAGAUUGCAAGAGAGAGUGUUGCUUACUUGUAGAAGGUUAUCAAGCAAAUUGGGCUAAGAGUGGAUGUACAAUUAUGGCAGAUGGAUGGACUGAUCAACAACAAAGAACUUUGAUCAACUUUCUAGUUUAUUGUCCUACAGAGGCAUUAGUGAGAUGAAUAUGUACCGGGAACGACAAGGAAGUUUUGGUCGAGAAAGUGCUCUUAUCGUAACAAAGACAACUCGACCCGAUCAAUGGUGGGCGUUGUUUGGGGGUAGUGCUCCAAUUUUGCAAAAGUUGGCAAUCCAUUAUCUUAGUCAAACUUCUUCAUCUUCUGGAUGUGAGAGAAAUUGGAGUGUCUUUGAACGCAUCCAUACAAAGAGAAGAAAUAGACUAGAAC